AUGUCGUACAUGGCAGACGCGCAGCCGAUAAGGACCAUCCAGUGGAGGGACAACAGGGUGGUGAUGAUAGACCAGACAAAGCUCCCGACCGAGCUUGCGUUCGUCGAGUAUGACGACUACAACCAGGUGGCAGAUGCCAUACGGAACUUGGUGAUCCGUGGGGCGCCGGCCAUAGGGGUGGCCGGAGCCUUUGGCCUGGCCCUGGCGGCGCUGCACAGCGAUGCCGCAACCAAGGAUCUGCUGGUUGAAGACAUGCAGACUGCGCAGAGGACGCUCUUUGAGACAAGGCCCACGGCCAUAAACCUCAAGUGGGGCCUGGAUCACAUAAUGGCAGUAGCCAGACGGGGAACCGGCGUGGGUGACACCCGCAGCUCCGUCUUGGACGCCGCAAAGCAGAUGGCAGAGGACGACAUCCGAAUAAACAAGAGCAUGGGGAGGCACGGCGCGGGACUAUUCGGGGACGACACCAUAAUGACACACUGCAACGCUGGCGCCCUGGCGACCGUGGCAUACGGUACCGCCCUGGGUGUCAUCCGCGCCGCCAGGGAGUCAGGAAAGAAGAUCAGGGUCAUCGCUACUGAGACAAGGCCAGUGCAACAGGGCUCCAGGCUUACGGCAUUCGAGCUCAAACACGAUGGCAUAGACGUCAGCCUGAUCCCAGACACGGCGGUGGGCUACUCGAUGGCAAACCACCUGGUGGACAAGGUUAUAGUGGGAGCAGACCGCAUACUGAGAACCGGCCACGUCUACAACAAGAUUGGCACCUACCAGGUGGCCACCAUGGCAAGACAGCACGGCAUACCGUUCUACGUGGCGGCGCCGCUCUCCACCUUUGACAUGGAGAGCGAUCCUGCCGACGUGGUCAUAGAACAGAGGCGGCCAAGUGAGGUGACCGGGACGGGAGAUAGGAUGACCGCCCCCGAGGGCAUAGGCGUCAUAAACCCCGCAUUUGACAUGACCCCGCCGGAGCUGGUCUCGGGUAUCAUAACCGAGAGAGGCGUGGUAUCCCCACCCUACGAGCGAUCCAUCCGGGAGCUGUUCGGGCGCAAAAACUAA